CCUAGCGUGAGAUCGAUAGAUGUUGAAGCAGCGCUAGAGACGACGACGAGAAAAAGCCGCGACUUACGUUCGGCGCCCCUGAGCCAACAACACGUGCGUCUUCUACCUCCCCUGCCACCACCACCGCAAUCACCGCAAUCGUCGACGACACCAGCGUCACACCUCAAGCCUCCCGCCGGUCCUUCGAGCGUAGCGACACAACCUCAACGGCAGCAGCGACAACAGCAACAGCAACAUCAGCAGUUAAAACUUCAACAGCAGAAAGAUUCGUCGAAACACGAGGAGCAGUCACUGCUGACAGGUAGUCGUAUAGGCGAGGAGAGAGGGGAAAAGGAAAAAUCGAACCUUCAAAGCGAAGGGGAAGGAGGAAAGAGAGCAUUCACGCCAUUUUUGUUCUCAUUAGAGACUUCUUGUACAGCAGAUUUGCCUGAACAAACUAACCAACUGCACACGUGCGCACAAACAUGUGACCGAGAGCCUCCUAUCCUCCAUACAGAUCAGUCUCAGUCACUUCUCAGAACCGACAGCAACACAAGAAAUGUUAAAGACAAUAGCGAAGGUCGGCAGGCGUGGAGGAGUGAGGACUUACUAACCACAUCUGGUGGAAACUCUUCUGACCACCAUGAACGUCUCGUCAACAAAAGUGGCGGUGGUCUCGCUUCCUGUCACGUGCCGGGAUCCGAACCCCAGCUCUCUGGUGCACGGUCCCUCUCACCGCGCUACCGCAAAAAGUGCCGACGUCAGAGGCGUGUAGAGUCGCCACCUGACGAAGAUCACGAUUUGGGUCUGAGAGUACCCGGAGAUCUCAGUGAUUCCUGCCCGGAGGUCUUCGCCAAAGGAAAGCAGCAAAACUGUGUCUUCCAUAUAGGGGAUUCCCCGCUCCCUAUUCGAAUUCCCGGAGUGAAUAGUGCUCGUGUUGGGAACCCUGUUACUGUCAGCUCGUGUAAACAAAACGGAGUACCAAGUAGUCUAUGGCUAAGUGGAGGUGCACCAUCUCUGGUAAAGUGUGAUAAGGAUUCUGAAGCUGUCGACGAUCAUAGUAGCAACACCAAUUGCAAUAGUAAAAACAACAACAGCAGCAACAGUAGCAGCAGCAACAGCAUCAACAGUAGCAGCAGCAACAAGCAAACUAGAGUAAGUGGUGGUAGUCACAGCUACCGCAAAGGGAAGGUCGCAGGUAAGACAAAUCUUAUCAGUAACUACGCCAGUAAAUCUCUCACACACAUCGGUGAAUUAGAGACUCAAAAUAAAGUACUCUUUGCUUCUGCGCGGAAAAUACAGAAACAUCAGCAACAACAACAAAAGAAAGACAAUCAACAACAACAACAACAACAACAACAACAACAACAACAACAACAACAGCAGCAGCAGCAAAGUCACCACCACCACCACAACGACAGCGAUAGCGACACCAACAACGCCCACCAACGACAAAGACAACAACAUCAGCCCCACGAUAACAGGGAGGGACAAAGAGAUAACGGCCACGAUGAGGCGGUGGUGUCGGCGGGCAGCCCUUCUCGGCCACCCCCACCGCCCCAAACACCCCCAACAUCAGCAGCAGCAGCAGCAGCAGCAGCAGCAACAGAUUGCGGUCAGAGUAAACCUACCGGGCGGCGUCUGGUCCGUCGCGGGAUUGGAAUGUUCCCUAGCUCCAAUUGGAGACGACUAAGGAACACACUCAAAGCUGCCAAUGAGAUGCAAGGUCCGAAGAAGCCCAAACAUCCGCUCACCAGGGAAGAUUCCUUUCUGCGGAAAUUCUCCACAAGAAACCAUCAGGUGCAGAACAGUUCUGCCUCCACUGACGAAGACACAGGCCGGGAACAUCUACAGCGGGAAAAACACGAGGGCCGAUUCGUCAUCCAGCACGAUGGAAACUUUAUGUUCUACUGGUUGGGGAUCGUCACAAUCUCGGUCAUGUACAACUUGUGGACUUGUAUCGCCCGCCAGGCGUUCACAGAGAUACAGCAGAGCUGCCCUGCCUGCUGGUUCUCCUUCGAUGCCCUAUUCGAUCUCAUCUACAUCUGCGACAUCAUCGUCCGGUUCCGCACUGGGUACCUGGACCAAGGCCUCAUGGUGUAUGAUUCGGAGAAACUGAGACAGCGCUACACGAGCUCCCGAGUUAUCUACAUCGACUUUAUCUGCCUCACACCAUUGGAUUUCCUGCAAUUUCACAUCGGAAUGCACCCGAUGAUCCGAUUCCCGCGGUUCUUGAAGAUCUACCGGACGUUCCGGUUCGUGCACAUGCUCGAGUCUCGAACCGCUUAUCCGAAUCUUAUUCGGGUGGUUAAUUUGACGCACAUAUUGUUUCUGGGUGCACAUUGGUUCGCCGCGUUUUAUUACAUGAUCAGCGAGGCGGAAGGAUUCACUGGGGAGUGGGCGUAUCCCAAACCGGUGGGGGAGUUUGCUGACGUGAACCGGAAGUACUUGCGCUCGCUCUUCUGGUCGACCUUGACUUUAACGACUAUUGGUGACCUUCCACCCCCCGACAACACGAGCGAGU